AUGGAAGAAAACAAGAAAUUGUCCCACCACAUGCCUACAUGGAACACCACAAGGAACCCCACUACUUCACAAAUAGUUCUUCCUCCUCCCAACAAUUACGAUAAGAUAAUUAGCACCACAAGAAGAGCAUCUAGGUCUCCCAAUUAUGACGAGGAUGAUGAAGAAGACGAGGACGAAGAAGAACGCGAGGAGACAGGAAGGGAGAGGCUGAAGAGGCACAGAGAAGAAGUGAAGGGAAGGGUUAAGAUUCCAGAAGACUGGGGACAAGAGAAGAUGAUGAAGGAGUGGAUCGAUUACACCACUUUCGAUGCUUUGUUUGCUCCUCACACAAUGAUUGUCACUGCUCGUGAUGCUCUCAUUGCCGAUGCUCGUAAAACUACUUCUUCUUCCUCAUCAACGCCUCCAAGAUCGUCUCAGAGAUUAAGGAUAUAUUCACAGUAG